CACUACAUUCAAAAACUGACUUUAUUAAAACUGAACAAGGCAUAAAAUCACUUAUUACAUAACAUUGACCAAAACCGCGCACCAGGUUUUAGUUCAAGUUAAAUUACGGCGAACUGAAUUCUACUCUAUAUAUAUAUUGUUAUAGAGUUCGAUUUCGCUUGUGCAUAUUGUCAGGGUUGGGUUGAUACAAUACGGAUCCAAGAGGUUUGUGCAAUUGUUAUGUUGUUAUUAUAUAAGGUUGUUUGAGGCUAGGCUGCUCACUCCGGCUUGCAUACUACAGUGCAUCGAACGUGGACUAUAUUUUACUGUUUUUAGAUAGACAGUUUCCUAAAAUGCAUUCAAGCUGGUGGACAGUGGUGGUGUUAGCCACUCUUGCGUGGCGAUCGCAAGCAGAUGGGGGGUUUAGGCUGCCCGAUCAGCCACCCAAGGAGGAAAGGGAGGAGGGGAGAUCAUUACACUUUCAUGGAGGUCAAGGGAGAUCGCCUGAAGCCCAAGGCCGAGGGUUCUUGGACUGGCUAGGCUUUGGCGAAGACCAGGACCCGUACAUCCAGCAGGCGACGCAGCAGUGCGUCAACGGAGACCUUGGUGAUUGCUUUAAGGCACAAGCCCUACGUUCCUUUGAUGAUUUCUUCGAUAAACCAGCUUAUCAGCUAUCAGAAAACGCUGUUCUGGUGAAGGUGGAGUCCCAAGCAAGAGCCCUGGCUAGGGAACCUCCGCAACUGAGCUCCCAGCCGCGCAGUGAGGACUCCGACUGGGACGCCUUGGUCAAGUUCGGGAUGAGGAAAAUUGAAAGGUUCCUGAGGUCUACUGCCCUGGAAAUGAACCUCGAUGAUGACGUCACCUCCAAUGGUAUCAUCGCACCACGAUUCCUGGACGAGAUCGCAGAUGAAGUCGACGUUAUUGAAGAUAAGAAGGCACCGCCUUUCCGUCGCCAUAAGCUGAAGAAGCUCAUCAUCCCCAUGCUGCUGAUCCUAAAGCUGUUCAAGCUGAAGCUGCUGUUGUUCCUGCCGCUCAUCCUGGGGCUUGCCAGCUUCAAAAAAUUCCUUGGGUUCAUGGCCCUGAUCAUUCCAGGCGUAAUCGGCUACUUCAAGUUCUGCAAGCCCAACAGCUCUCCUUUCUCCAGCGGCCACUACACAGGACCUCAGUAUUCACCCGCUGGUAUAGGCGUGGGACCGUACAGGGAAGGCAGUUACGAUCACUAUGAGUACCCGACCGGACACAAAUACGGCGGAGGCGGCUACGGAUCCGGUGGCGUCGCGUUCAGAGACCACGAGUCCCACGCCCAGAGCCUCGCCUACAACGGAUGGGAGUACAGGAACAAAAAGGGGGGAGAAGACAUCAAGGCUGAACAAGCAUAAGACUGAUAACAGUGAUACUAACACAAGAGAUUGAGCACCUGCGCGGAUGACAAAUAGGCCAAUUCCAAGUAUUCCAAUAAUAUGUGCUACUGAUCUAAGAUAGAUCUGACAUCAUUUCGGUAUGAGAUGUUUCCAAUCUUCUUUAGAGGACCUGCUGAAUUGCACAUUAUGUCAACUUUCAACCAAAACAUCAAUUUUGACAUUGACAGAUCAGUAUCAUAUUGGAAUGUGAUCUAUAACUAAAACUCGCAUCCAAAUACGUUACUUUUGACACUGAUAGAUCAGUAUCAGAUCAGUUUCAUAUUGGAAUGAGAUUUAAUAACUAAAACUUGAAUUGGCCUGAUAGGUUGUUAUCGCCUAUCAUGUGAAACGUCACUGUCACACUUACAUACUUAUUAGAACGUGACAAGCAUGGUGACAGACGUUAAAGAGGCGACCAUCUUAGCCUUUAUAUAAUAACUAAGGUCCUUCAGACUUGACUGGAAUUAUCCUGCUAUAUUUUUGUUAAGAAGGAAAACAA